UACUGACGCAUCGACGACUUUCGCCUCAAAUCAACGACCAACGACGCCAAAUUCAACUUGUAAGUAUCUGCUAAACCUUUCCAUCAAAUUUAUCGCGCCCGUCUCACGGAUCGUAGCGAUUGUUGAAAUUUGAGCUCCUCGCCGCCGCGCCUUUUAGAAUUUGAAAGCUAAUUUAUUUGCCUUGCCACCCAGAUCGGAAAAAGUCAACCCGAUAAACCGCAAUCAUGGGAAAAGUUCACGGAUCCCUCGCUCGUGCCGGAAAGGUCAAGUCUCAAACUCCAAAGGUACGAAUAUUCCGAUUCUUGAAGAUGUGCGAUGGAAUUGGAGGGGUUGCAGUGAUGGGCAAUGAAUCAAGAGAGCGGGAGGGGCGCAGCCCAUGGACAUAUAUCGCUAUCAGGGCAUCAGGGCAUCAAAGAAUUUGAGAUGUUGUGAUCGCAAGACGAAUGCUGACGGAAUGGAACAAAUAGGUUGAGCCACAAGAGAAGAAGAAGACCCCCAAGGGCCGCGCGAAGAAGAGAAUCACAUACACCCGCCGUUUCGUAAACGUUACCCUCACCGGAGGAAAGAGGAAGGUAAGCAUCGCAGAUCACGAAUCCCAAAUCCGCAAGGUCUAAUGAAUAAUCCGCAGAUGAAUCCGAACCCAACCACAUAAGGCAAAACAAAGAUGGCUGGAUGGACGGACCACAGGGGCGUUGGGCGGGAGAGAGUCCUUGAUCAGACUUGAGACUGAUGUUCUGAUGAGUGGAGGAAUUGCCAAUCUACUUCAGGAUGGGACCGCUCAAUUAAGGGAGGAAAGGACGCAUCUCAUAGGCGUAUCUGUACAUUUGAGGAAAUGCAUCUUGCUGCUGCUUGAUAAAUGGAAGUUCUUUUCUUUCUCCCAAUU